AUGAGCAAUUCUCCUUACGACGCCAAGAUCAAGUCUGUGGAGGCCUUGGACCAGGGCAAGUGGAUUCAGACCAGGAAGAUCAAUUGGAUUGAUCCUGCUGGAAAGGAGAGAGUUUGGGAGAUGGCUGUCAGAACAACGAGAACAGAAACCACUGGUUUGGACGCCGUCUCGAUUUUCGCCUUGCUCAAGAAAAAGGGCAACCCUAGUGAUCUCGUUCUUGUCAAGCAAUUCAGACCACCAUGCGAGAAAGUGGUCAUUGAGAUGCCUGCUGGCCUUAUUGAUCCUAAUGAGUCUGUGGAGUCUACUGCUGAGAGAGAAUUGAUUGAAGAGACUGGCUACCACGGCAAGACAAGAAGCAGUUCUCACGAUAGUAUCACUUUGUUCAGUGAUCCAGGCCUUACCAACGCCAACAUGGCUUUGGUGACCGUGGAUGUGGAUAUGGAGGACCCACGUAACCAGAAUCCCAAAGCACAGACCGAGGAUGGAGAGUUUAUUGAUGUUUUCACGUUGCCAAUUGACAAUCUCUUGAAGGGGCUUGAGGAGGUGUGCCAGAAGGAAGGAUGCGUCGUCGAUGCCAGGUUAUACCACUUUGCCGCUGGUCUUGAUGUUGCCAAGAGGGCGUUCCAGUGA